AUGUGGCUUCUUGAGACAGAAACAUUGACACUGAAAGAAUUUCACCACAAGCUACCGGAAUAUGCCAUCCUCUCCCACAGGUGGGAGGAGGAAGAGAUGAAUUUUGAGUCGAUUAAAUCAUUCUCCGAGGAUACUAAAGGUUCUCGCAAGGUCAAGCGCUUCUGCCAAGUAGCCCUUAAACGGGGCUAUGCCUAUGUGUGGGUUGAUACAUGCUGUAUCGACAAAAAGAGUAGUGCUGAGCUCAAUGAAGCUAUAAACAGUAUGUACAAAUGGUACAGUGAAGCUGCCAUUUGCUAUGUCUAUCUUUCAGAUGUGAACAAUCGCGACGAUCUAGAGAAGAGUUUGUGGUUCACACGAGGAUGGACGCUACAAGAAUUGCUGGCUCCUCGAAAGCUGCAUUUCUUCCAUAAGAAAUGGCAGCCUAUUGCGUCGCGACGACAGCUGGGCGCCAUGCUUGAAAGGAUGACCUCGAUACCCAGGAGAGCCCUGGACGACUUCAGAAGCACCGAUUUCUGCAUAGCACAGAAAAUGUCAUGGGCUGCCCACAGGGAGACGACACGUCAAGAGGACCGCGCUUAUAGCUUGUUGGGCCUUUUCGAUGUCCAGAUGCCAUUACUAUAUGGAGAAGGUCAAAAAGCUUUCCGUAGGCUUCAAGAAGAGAUCAUGAAAGUCAAUACUGACAUGAGCUUGUUUCUUUGGAAAGGCCAACCCUGUGAAGAUUUUGGCAUGUUGGCUGCUUCACCAUCGUGCUUUUCGGACAUACACGAUUGGUUAAAACUCGAGCUAUCCAAGGAAAUAUGCGAGCUACAAGAGGGUUGGACAGUCAACAACGCCGGGAUGAGGCUGAGCUUGUCUCAUCUGCUAACUGAAGAGUAUACAGGAAUCUUUGUGGCUCUCUUACACGAGCCGUAUAUCUAUGAUGACACCGAGGGCAUGGGCAUCUUCCUUGAGAAAGAGGACCGGGAUAACACCAAAAACAGAUACCGACGCGUCGCAGUCGACAGCGAGACGUGCAUUAAAUUGUCUUCCUACUCAAGCAACCUCUAUUCACCCUGGACAUCAACAUUGUCUCACAUAUUUAUUUCGCGCAAACCUUUUAUAUACCACCAAUCAUCUGGCCAUCGCCGAUUCGAUAUCCGUUUCGGGUCGCAAAACCGAUUGGAACUCAGAGCGCACAAGAGAACACGAGAUAAUCCACACGUGCCAUUACAUCAAUGGCCACAAAUGCGUCAAACACUGCCUACUGGCUAUUCUUGUACUAUUGAAUGCACGCACGCGCAAGGAAUAAUUGGUCAUCUCUUGAUAACGCUCUCGGACUGCCUAGAUGUUUUAAUAUGCCUAGGCUUCGACGAAUUUUUCGACCCGUUUUGGGUGGUAGUCCCUCUUUGUGGUACGAUAUAUCGCGAGCUUCGAGCCUGGCAUAUUAUCCGAGCAUUUGUUGACUUGCCGCGUAACCCCAUCCAAGACAGAUCUUAUGAUCCAAAAAGUGGGAUUACUGCUCUGCGUGCGACACACGGUACGAUAGAGGAUUCCUGGAGUGAUACUGGUCUUGCGGUCCAAGUUUCAGAUUUGGAUCUUCCUGGGACCUACGUUGUUCUGAUCAAGUUCGACGCUGAUGAAUUCAUACAAGCGCUCGUUCCUGAAAUCGAAAUAUCAAGCUAUACUAACCGUGAUUCGUACCCUGCAGAUGUCGUUGAACGGCUUCGUGAAACGGAGAUACGACUAAGUAGAUCACAGCGACAGAGAUUGCUUCUUCAUUGGAGAUGA